AUGUUGCCUUACUACUGCUCGCCGUAUAAUGCAGAGAAGCGAAGGUUCAACGAGGAGCAGGUGCUCGCUGCCGAGGCGAAGGAUGGGCAGAUGCUCCCGAUGCCUCCUGCCUACAGAGACAUGGAAUUAAUUCUGUUCCCCGAGGGCAGCUUGAAAGACUCCAAUGGUAAUGUUGUUUCUCAAAGAAACCUGAUCGUCAACGAAGGAGGAUCUCACCAAAAGAUUGAGGUUAUCUUUGUUUCUGCUGAUCGAGAUGAGAAGGCGUAUCUGGAUCACGUAAAGCACAUGCCUUGGCUAGUCGUCGACUACAACGACCCCCUAAGAACAAUCUUGCUCAGGCACUUCAGAGUUGAGAAAGAGUCGAACAUCCCCUCAAAAAGCCAAGGUCCUUCCGCAGGAAUUCCUGCGUUGGUGAUCGUUGGAGCUGACGGCAUGAACGCCCAGUUUUUGCAAGUUUGUGGUGGCAGAGACGAAGGAGAGAGAGCCCUCCUUAGAUGGGACUGGCGUAACACCAAGUUUGGCGCAGACCGCUUCCUUGUACGUCGUGAUGGCUAG